GUCGAGAUGGCGGCGGGCCGACACGGCGCGUGCACAGCUGAGCGGCGGGAGCUGUGGACACGAGGGUAGCCGGUGCACUGGCACGCGUGCAGCCCGUGCUGGCCGAGUGCAUGACGUCACAGCCUGCCAGAUGAGCGAAGGGCAGCUGGCCCUGGCCCUGCUGGGCGCCGCGGCGCUGCUGCUGCUGCUGCUGCUGUCGGCGUGCCGCCUCACCGGGCUGUGGACCCGGGCCGCCGCCUGGCUGACCUCCAGCCGCGAGGAGACCAUCGGCCUCACCAAGGCGCGCGGACACUAUGCCGCCAACGGCUACCUGGUACACUCCGACUCGGACGUGCAGCUGGACGCGACGGGCAGCUUCCAGCACUUCGACCUGGUGGACCGGGACCUGGGGGUGGCCUUCACGACCAGCAGCCUCACCACGCAGGGGCCCGGCCCCGCGCCGCCACCGCCCGCCGCCUGCCUGGAAGAGGCGCUGAGCAGGGCAGUGGCAGAGGACUGCCCCGCUGAGCCCGAGCUCACACAGCCCGCCGUGCUGCAGCGCGCCAUGUCCUGCGACUCCGUGUGCUCCGACACGUCAGUGGCCCCCGGAGACCUGGUGGAGCCCGGCGUCACUGGAGGCCUCUGCGUGGGCCUCGAGUAUGAUAGCGAGGCGGCGGACUUGUUGGUGAGCGUGCUGGAGGCCAAGGACCUGGUGGGCCCCGACAACUCCAGCGUCGACACGUACGUGCGCGUGUACCUGCUGCCGGACAAGACCACCAGCAUGCAGACCAGGGUGUACCGCAAGUCGAACUGCCCCAGCUACAAGGAGAAGUUCCUGUUCGCCGUGGACCCGGCCGAGUACGGCAGGCGCUCGCUCGCCUUCUACGUGUACGCCAGCGACAAGCUGUCCAACACGCUGGUCGACGAGGCGGAGCUGCGGCUGUGCGACGUGGCGCCGCGCCAGCCCGUCACCACGUGGCUCACGCUCACCGACUCCUCCGAGCGAGGCACGGAGUGCGGGGAGCUCAUGUUCUCGCUGAGCUACCUGCCCACCGCCGAGCGCCUCACCGUGGUGGUGGUCAAGGCCAGGAACCUGCAGCUGCCCCAGGGCGACGGCGGCGAGGUCUUCGUCAAGGUUUACUUACUGCAGCAUGGCAAGAAAGUUCACAAAAAGAAGACCUCCAUGAAAAGAGGAGAGACGAGUCUUAUCUUCAAUGAGGCCAUGAUUUUCAGUGUUCCUGCGCAUGCGCUACAGACCAUCCACCUCCGGCUGUCGGUGGCGGAGGCGACUGCGGAGGGCCGCGCCCUCGCCGUGGGCCACGUGAUCGUGGGUCUGCAGGCGUCGGGCAAGGCGCUGUCGCACUGGAGCCAGAUGCUGGCCUCCCUGCGCAAGCCAGUCGCCAUGUGGCACCCGCUGCGCAAGUGAGGUGCCCGGCACCGCGGCGCUCUGGCGGCGGCCGGGAGCACUACCUCGUGGGUCGGCCAAGUCGCUCCCGCGGCGCUCUGGCGGCGGCCGGGAGCACUACCUCGUGGGUCGGCCAAGUCGCUCCCGCGGCGCUCUGGCGGCGGCCGAGAGCACUACCUCGUGGGUCGGCCAAGUCGCUCCCGCGGCGCUCUGGCGGCGGCCGAGAGCACUACCUCGUGGGUCGGCCAAGUCGCUCCCGCGGCGCUCUGGCGGCGGCCGAGAGCACUACCUCGUGGGUCGGCCAAGUCGCUCCCGCGGCGCUCUGGCGGCGGGCGAGAGCACUACCUCGUGGGUCGGCCAAGUCGCUCCCGCGGCGCUCUGGCGGCGGCCGAGAGCACUACCUCGUGGGUCGGCCAAGUCGCUCCCGCGGCGCUCUGGCGGCGGCCGAGAGCACUACCUCGUGGGUCGGCCAAGUCGCUCCCGCGGCGCUCUGGCGGCGGCCGAGAGCACUACCUCGUGGGUCGGCCAAGUCGCUCCCGCGGCGCUCUGGCGGCGGGCGAGAGCACUACCUCGUGGGUCGGCCAAGUCGCUCCCGCGGCGCUCUGGCGGCGGCCGAGAGCACUACCUCGUGGGUCGGCCAAGUCGCUCCCGCGGCGCUCUGGCGGCGGCCGAGAGCACUACCUCGUGGGUCGGCCAAGUCGCUCCCGCGGCGCUCUGGCGGCGGCCGAGAGCACUACCUCGUGGGUCGGCCAAGUCGCUCCCGCGGCGCUCUGGCGGCGGGCGAGAGCACUACCUCGUGGGUCGGCCAAGUCGCUCCCGCGGCGCUCUGGCGGCGGCCGAGAGCACUACCUCGUGGGUCGGCCAAGUCGCUCCCGCGGCGCUCUGGCGGCGGCCGAGAGCACUACCUCGUGGGUCGGCCAAGUCGCUCCCGCGGCGCUCUGGCGGCGGCCGAGAGCACUACCUCGUGGGUCGGCCAAGUCGCUCCCGCGGCGCUCUGGCGGCGGGCGAGAGCACUACCUCGUGGGUCGGCCAAGUCGCUCCCGCGGCGCUCUGGCGGCGGCCGAGAGCACUACCUCGUGGGUCGGCCAAGUCGCUCCCGCGGCGCUCUGGCGGCGGCCGAGAGCACUACCUCGUGGGUCGGCCAAGUCGCUGGACGGCCAAGUCACUGGCCGGCCAAGUUCUAAUCGACGAUGUCAGAACCGCAUCAGACAAUUCAGGCUUGGUUGCACGGAAAAAAAAAAUUAAAAUUUUAUUUUCCCCGGUAAUGCGCUUUAAAUGAGCAAUCCAUGAUAUUAUUCUCGGUGUUUUCGAUUCCAUAAAAAAAAAUUGAAGAAAAGACAUGUGAAAUUUUGCGUACAAAAAGUUGUAACAUACACGAGUGUGUAUCGAGUGCAAUUAAUAACUUUCAGUUGUCUACUUAUUGGCAGUGGACAUGUUUGUGCACAUUCAUUCUAGUUUAUUCUGUUGUGCGUCAGUGUCAAUACUAUUGUGUGUUUUUCUGCACCUCAUAUAGUAUCACAUUUGCUUGAAAGAAGUGUCACAAGGUGAGAGCAAAAUAUAUUGUGUUUUCUGUAUUAUAUUUUGCAAUAUUUAUAGCACCAAUUUUUUUUUUCGUGCAUAAAGCCUUUGCCUGGUGAGUGUGGCAUCUGGCAACACUGCUGCCAUUCAAGAGUCACUCACCAGACGCUGGUUCUUAAGCCUGUAUCACACGAUGGGUGGUUUCAUACAGGCUCUGCUAGAAGCUAGCCAAGACUGCAUGACAGCAGGUAUGGAUGUUUCUACGGAAGAAACUAUCACAAGAUGAAUUGCGAGUGGUGUAUGCCUCGCUUGUGCGAAUGGGUUUGUUAUGAUAAUUAAUACUUUUUGUAUUGUAAAAAAAACAUGAAUGUUUCUCAUCAUUGUAGCAUAAUACUGUAAUUGCUUCAACAGACCACAUGUUCACCGAGUUUCAAAUCAAUAAUCAAGAAAGCUUCAAUCCCUCCAAAAAUAAAUUACCCUUUAAACACUAGAGGCACACUACCACUUCAUUCUAAUUGGAUAAAAUUUCCACCUUCUACGAAACCUUUCAUAUAAAUUCUAACACGACCGAUUACAAAAAAAAAUUGGUUGUCUGUAAAGUCGGUUUACGGACGAUAGUUUAACGUGAUGUCAUAACAAAACAUCGAUGAAAUGAUUGCAUACUUUUAUGAAUAAAAUUGAAUCAUUUUUAUUGAAUUAUCACUAUUUUGUAUGGAUACAAAGAAGGAGUGAAAUGAAAUCUACAAUUUAAUUGAUAAAUUUAGUUUUACUUGCACUCAUUAAUUCAAAUAUGUUUAUUACUUUAACGAACAGAUUAUUUUAACUAUAACUUUUAUACAUGUUUGCUGUUUAACUUCUUCCAAUCUGUGUUAUUCUGUUACGGAUAGGACGAUGAUAGGAAAAGUAGGAAACGAAUGGGAGUGUUUCAAGUUUAAUGUGCCUCGAAAAAGUCAAAUCGAUGGUUGUUCCAAUCGAGUGGAAGGUAGAUGCGGCGCAAGCGUACAAUGAGCGUAACGGGACAAUGAGCGUAACGGGACAAUGAGUCAUCCUUUUUCGUGCGUGCAGCCGGCGUUCAUAGAUUUAUUAGACGUCACGUCAAAAAUUCCAUGAAAACGGCCAGCACUCUGUCAAUUCCUCCAGAGAGCCAUCCAUACCAGCUGCCAAGGAAAACGUUCCAAGGAAACAUCCAUCGUGUGAUAUGGGCUUUGGACACCCUCCGCUGUCAGACUGUGUUCCGUUUUGUCACCUGACGCCUCAUAAUGUGUGUGUCCUGGAAUGGAUGCGGUCAGUUUUGCCAUGAUGAUGCUGAAUUGCCAUGUUAAAAAUUCAAAAAGAGCAACAUUUAAAAUCAUAUGUUUUACAUGGUCAGGCCCGAAAGCCUUAAAUUAUUACACGGGAUAUAUUUAUUUACAUAUACAGUUAUGUUAAUGCACUGACAUUUGUGUGAACAAUCGGGUCGCCUGAUGAUUUGUAUUUUUUUUUUUUAACAAAAUCUGGCGGAUCUAACACGAAAUUUCCCUGGUAGAUAAACAGGCAACACUUUGGAAACUGGUCCAUCUGCAAGGAUACAAGUUAUUGUUUUAUCAGUUGCAGAAAUUAUUUCUUGAAGAGCAUGAAUAUAAAAUGUGAUAAUUAUAUAUCGUUACACAGUAUAGAGUAUACAUUACCAAUGUAACUUCAUUAUCGGGACUUAAAUCGUGAUGACUUCAUCAUCUACAAAUUGUUAGCAGCCAUUUACAAUAUGUAGUGUAAUUUGAUACUAGGGGCUAUUUUUGUAAAAUGAGUAGAAGAUUUUUAAUUAAAACAUGGUCUUCCUACACAUGAACGAGUAUGUAGUGUAGGAAACUUGCAAUACGUCAUACCAUUUAAAUGAUUAUAAAAUUUUUUUUGUUAGUAGCCAGGUAUCAUAAGAGAUAGAAUAUUUUUUGAAAUGUUUUUAUGUUGAAAACUGAGAAUAUACCUUUGAAAUUUUAGUUUUAUAUUUACAUAAUCUAAAAUCAGAUGUUUGGACGUUAGCACAUCACUUGUCAUUCAAGAGUAACGCACAAUAAGAAUUAUUUUCCUUUUAGUGAAUUUUCCCAGAGUCGCUGUCCUUUCUCGCUGGUAUGUGAGUAGUCGAGAGAACAAAACAAGCAUCUAAUAAGUUGCUAAUGUUGGCACUGUUGAAACCCCCCUCAGUCACGGUAAGGUGAGACAAAUGUAUAAACUGUGAAAAUGUAUGAAAAAGGUUUGAAUAUAUCAUAAACAAAAAAAAAAAGAAGACAUAUCCCUAGUGUAAAAAACAAACAUAUUGUUGUUCCAAUCUCGUGCGAGAAAGUAUUUAUUAUUGUAUUAAUAUUAUUUACGUGUUAAGAAACUGGUCAUAAGUGUGGUUUAUGUUUUAAAGAAAUAUGCUUCCAAACCAGAGAAAACGUGUGUUAAUAAGUUUCAGGCUGUAGAAAAUAAAUUAUCCAUGGCACUGUUAUAAGAACGUAUGUACACUGUAAAGAUUUUUAUGUGGUUAAUCAAGUGCACCUUUUAAAGGUACGCUUGAUAUAAGACUCAGAUAUCCUAUCGUAAUAUUUAUAGAAGUGUUUAUUAAAUAUGUGUUGAACGGAAACUGCAUGUAACGAGAUGGACACGGUAUGUUCAGCUAAACAUGUCGCCACAGUGCAUUCACAAUCUCUGCUAAAGGUGGUUAUGGAAGUGUCAGGUUUUGUUCGCAGAAUUGCAUUGUUUAUUUUGCUCGUAUAACUAAUUGAAUGAGAUACUUGCUCGAUAACUAUUCAAGUGUGCAGAGUUACGCAGUUGAUUGCUUACAUGCUCUGUUAGCGGCGCGGAGCUACCGGGAAACCGAUGGGCCCGUGUACCUGCACAUAGAGGCCAUGAAACAUUCGCUCCGCGAGCUAUUGUGUCCCUUACAGCUUGUAGGUUCCUGACCGUGUUGGAGUGUCUUGUUCCGUAAUAUGCAGUUGCCUGUUCGACGCCUAGUCCCAAUGCCUGAACCGGUGUGGAACACAAUCAUGUAUGCAAGCCACUCAUCACAUCUGUAUGACAAUAAACUGAUAACACAGUGUA